AUAUUCAAUCUACUUGAAUUGUCUCGUUAUUGAAUAUUAUAGUUUACGUUUCUAUUAAACGUAGUGACGUUAUUCGUAUAUUUUGUUAUUACGUUUUAAUUGUUUAAUUAUUUUAAUAUUCCAUAUGAAAGAUAAAAGUAAAGAAUCUGCCCCAGGCGAUGGCAUACGCUCGUUACGAAGCACGAUGUUAUUUCGUGCUAUUAAUUACGAGUUGUAUGUCAAGCCGAAUAAAGGCAUAAUGCUUUUUGGGGUUAUGGCAAUGCUUACUUGUUCAGGGUAUUUACUUUACAUGCGAUAUAAACAUAAUGGCACUGUUUAUUAUGAAUCUGUUGAAGCAGAUGGAAAUGUAACUUUUAAAAAGAAAACUUCUAAAUGGUUAGAUUAAAUGUAUCAAGGUGUUCACAAAAGAUUCAUAUAUAUGUAUAUUAGAUUAGUACAUUGCCAUUGUAAGAUUUUAAAGAACAAUGUUUGAAACAUUUGAAUAUAAUUAUAUUACAUAUUUAUUAUAUUUAAAAAAAAAAUCUAAAUUAUGUCCUUUGAUGAGUGUGUUUUAGUUACGAGAGAAAAAUUCGAAAAUAUGAUUAAAGAUAGGAGGAUGAGUAAUUUAUUGUCACUUUGAAUAUAAUAUCGCUAUUUACAUAAUACUUAUUCAACAUUAUUUCCAUAUAUACUGUAAAAAUGUUACAGUUUAUAAUUAUAUUUAAAUAAGAGUACAUAUAAGAAAAAGAGAAUAUAUUCUUUAUUUAUUAUAAAAUAUUAUGCGCAUAAGAUGUUCCAAAUCUACAUGAUUAUUUAAUUAACAUCAAGACGGUGGAAGACAUCGAAUAAUGUGUCUUUUGUGGACAACCUAUGUUACAUCACUUUAUAGUCUGUAUCAAUUAUUACAUUAUAUAUCAAGUAUAAAUCUUUGAUUAACAGGCAAUACAUUUAAUCGUGAUUUGUAAGUUUAUGAAUCAUAAAAGGAUAUGUAUAUUGUUAUGUAUAUGCUUUUAUAAAUAAAUUUAAAUAUUAUUUUCUUCAAA